GAGCGGCUCAAUUUUUAGUUUUUACCUUAUUUAAAGUAUUAAAGUGUUAAAGUUUUGUAUUUAUUUCCUUUCGGUAGAGUGCGCGAGUCUUAAAAACCACAAUGUCUCGUGCUCAAGACGCGGUAGGGAUGUUGCGUGGCUUGAAACUGGUGGCCGAGGCCGCUGGGCGCACAAACAGCGAUUACGCCAGGCACGUGUGGGCCAAUUCGAGCGUACGGGAGUUACUAGAACAGCAGCUGAAUGCCGGCGAGCAAACCAUCAAACAGGUGCUCAAUAAUCCCGCGAAAGAAAUGGAGAAAGCGGGCGGAGUGCUCCGGGAAACGCUCGAACGAACGGGCGUUGUCGCGGAGGGGCUCCGGCAGCUCACGGUGGCGGCCUUGCCGAAGGUUGCUCCACUUUCGGCGGACGGAUUAUUACCCCCCCGUGUCCACGCAGCGGCCAGUGGAAGCGAUGGACUUGCAGCAACCCCAGAAAGGCAGGGAGAUAUAGCGAGCCUGGAUAUCUCCAAAAUCACUCUCAAAGAACUGGAAUCGAUCCUGUCCGAGCACAGCAAGAAUCGCGAGAUACGGCUGGGCACCAGGCGCACUUCAUCGAUGCAAACAGAAGCAGCAAGGGCAGGGGUGGCUCCGGAAGAACCGACAAAGCAAGAAACAGAGCUACCUCAAACGACAGUGGCCAAGGAGCGGCCACCAACGAUUUCAAAAGCGGUCACACAGGACGAGAAACAGAUCGAAAAGAUGAUGCAAUUCGUGUCGUCGUAUGAUAAACAGCGAGAAUCGGCAGCUCCUGCUGCAAAGGCUCAGCAACCACAGCCACAACCGAUUGAACUACCUCAACUGAGCACGGUUGCUAAGCAGCGCAAAGUACCUUCAUCCCGUGUAACCCGGCUGGCAUCUUUCGGUGGUUUGUUCGCCGGAUUAGGGCUAGGAACGGUGAACGAACUGGCCAAGGGUGCCCUCGGAAUCGGCGGAACGACCGAUGUAAAGCAAGCCCUGUUCAGUCCGACCAAUGCCGAACGUAUCGUGGAUACGUUAUGCAAAGUUCGUGGAGCUGCUCUUAAGCUGGGCCAAAUACUUAGCAUACAGGAUUCGAACAUCGUUUCGCCGCAGCUGGUGAAGGCGUUCGAGCGGGUGCGACAGGCCGCCGAUUAUAUGCCGGAUUGGCAGGUCGAGAAGCAGCUCGUGUCCGAGUUGGGGCCCAAUUGGCGCGAUAAGUUGGCCAGCUUCGAUCAAAAACCAUUCGCGGCCGCCUCGAUCGGACAGGUGCACCGUGGUGUGCUGAAAGAGAAUGGUAUGGAGGUGGCGAUCAAAAUUCAGUAUCCGGGUGUGGCCAGGAGCAUCGAGAGUGACAUCGAUAAUCUUGUGUCGAUGCUGAAGGUGUGGGACGUAUUUCCGGCCGGAGUCUUCAUCGACAACGUGGUGGCGGUGGCGAAGCGCGAACUUGCCUGGGAAGUGGAUUACACAAGAGAAGCGGAGUACACGGAGCGGUUUGCGGAAAUGAUCAAACACAUGCCCGAGUACCGGGUACCGAAGGUGAUCAAGGAGCUUACCUCGAAAAAUGUGCUAACGACGGAAUUGGUUCCUGGUGUUCCGAUGGAUCGAUGCUUUGAUCUAAGUCAGGAGCACCGCGAUCACAUAGCAUAUGGUGUAAUGAAACUAUGCCUGAACGAGCUGUUCACCUUCCGGUGCAUGCAGACGGAUCCGAACUGGUCCAACUUCCUGUACGAUGCGUCAACGAAGCAAAUUAUGCUGAUCGACUUUGGUGCGACUCGUUUCUACAAGAAAGAUUUCAUGGAUGAUUACUUAAGGGUUAUCAUAGCUGCAACCAAGAAUGAUCGUCAGCAGAUUUUGGAACUGUCACGCAAAAUGGGUUUUCUCACUGGCUACGAGACGGUUGCCAUGGAGAACGCUCACAUCGAUGCCGUGUUGAUCCUUGGCGAAGUGUUCAGCGUACCGGGCGAGUUCGAAUUUGGACGGCAGAGUACGACCAAGAAAAUAGCUGCCCUCGUACCGGUGAUGAUCGCUCACCGACUGUGUCCGCCACCGGAGGAGAUCUAUUCGCUCCAUCGAAAACUGUCCGGAGUGUUUCUGCUCUGUGCUCGGCUUAACGCCAAGAUCGAUUGCAAGCCAAUCUUCAACGAGGUUAUGCGGAACUAUAAGUUCGAUUAACUGCCACACACGAUCGCCUCAAUAGAAUGUUACCGAAUAAAGAUGC